CGGCCUCUGCGAUGCUGCCCUUCACGGUGAACUUCAAGGUGUCCGCGCGCACCCUCACCGGGGCCCUCAGCGCCCACAACAAGGCGGCGGUGGACUGGGGCUGGCAAGGUUUAAUUGCUUAUGGAUGUCAUUCACUGGUGGUAGUGAUUGAUUCCAAUACUGCCCAAACUCUUCAAGUUUUAGAAAAACAUAAAGCUGAUGUUGUCAAGGUUAAAUGGGCCAGGGAAAACUAUCACCAUAACAUUGGCUCACCAUAUUGCUUGCGCUUAGCUUCUGCUGAUGUCAGUGGAAAGAUCAUCGUUUGGGAUGUGGCAGCAGGAGUAGCUCAGUGUGAGAUCCAAGAGCAUGCCAAACCUAUUCAGGAUAUCCAGUGGUUGUGGAAUCAAGAUGCUUCCCGAGAUUUACUGCUUGCUAUCCACCCACCAAAUUACAUUGUGCUGUGGAAUGCAGAUACUGGCACCAAACUGUGGAAGAAGAGCUAUGCAGACAACAUUCUUUCUUUUUCUUUUGACCCUUUUGACCCCUCACAUUUAACUUUACUCACCAGCGAGGGUAUUGUAUUCAUCUCAGACUUCUCUCCAUCCAAGCCUCCCUCAGGCCCUGGGAAAAAAGUUUACAUAUCCAGCCCUCACUCUAGCCCAGCUCAUAACAAGCUGGCUGCAGCCAUGGGUGCCAAGAAGGCUCUUAAUAAAGUAAAAAUUUUAAUCACUCAAGAGAAACCUAGUGCUGAAUUCAUAACUCUCAAUGAUUGCCUUCAGUUGGCUUAUCUGCCUUCAAAAAGAAAUCACAUGUUGUUACUCUAUCCUCGAGAGAUUUUAAUCCUUGACCUUGAGGUGAAUCAAACAGUGGGUGUGAUUGCAAUAGAAAGAACAGGAGUUCCAUUUCUGCAGGUAAUACCCUGCUUUCAGCGUGAUGGUUUAUUUUGUCUACAUGAAAAUGGUUGUAUAACCUUACGAGUUCGAAGAUCUUACAAUAGCAUUUUCACCACUUCAAAUGAGGAACCAGAUCCAGAUCCUGUUCAGGAGCUUACCUAUGAUUUACGAAGCCAGUGUGAUGCAAUCAGGGUGACAAAAACUGUCCGUCCCUUCAAUAUGGUGUGCUGUCCUGUCAAUGAGAAUGCAGCUGCUCUCGUAGUGAGUGAUGGCAGAGUCAUGAUAUGGGAACUCAAGUCUGUUCUAUGUAAUCGAAAUUCACGGAACAGUAGUUCUGGUGUGUCACCUUUAUAUUCACCAGUGUCUUUCUGUGGAAUUCCUGUAGGAGUACUACAGAAUAAACUACCAGACCUUUCCUUAGAUAACAUGAUUGGGCAAAGCGCAAUUGCUGGGGAAGAACAUCCCAAAGGCUCCAUUCUGCAAGAGGUGCACCUCAAAUUCCUGCUGACAGGACUGCUUUCAGGACUGCCCUCACCACAGUUUGCUAUCCGGAUGUGCCCACCGUUGACCACCACAAACAUCAAGAUGUAUCAGCCACUGCUUGCUGUUGGUACAAGUAAUGGUUCUGUCCUGGUAUACCAUCUCACCAGCGGUCUGCUUCACAAGGAGUUGAGCAUCCACUCAUGUGAAGUCAAGGGUAUUGAAUGGGCAAGUUUGACCAGUUUUCUUUCUUUUGCUACCUCAACACCAAACAAUAUGGGAUUAGUGAGAAAUGAACUUCAACUGGUUGAUCUUCCAACAGGUAGGAGCAUUGCUUUUCGUGGCGAACGAGGAAAUGAUGAAUCGCCCAUCGAGAUGAUUAAAGUAUCACAUUUGAAGCAGUAUUUGGCAGUUGUAUUCAAAGAUAAACCCCUGGAGUUGUGGGAUGUUAGGACUUGUACCCUUCUUAGAGAAAUGUCCAAAAACUUCCCUACAAUAACUGCUUUGGAGUGGUCACCAUCUCACAACUUGAAGAGCUUGAGAAAGAAACAGCUUGCUACGAGAGAGGCCAUGGCCCGCCAGACCGUAGUCUCAGACACAGAGCUGAGUAUCAUUGAGUCGUCUGUGAUCAGCUUAUUGCAAGAGGCAGAAAGUAAAUCUGAACUCAGUCAGAACAUCUCUGCCCGGGAGCAUUUUGUAUUUACUGAUAAUGAUGGCCAAGUUUAUCAUCUCACUGUUGAAGGAAACUCGGUGAAAGAUAGUGCUCGGAUUCCACCAGAUGGAAGUAUGGGUAGUAUUUCCUGCAUCGCUUGGAAAGGUGAUACACUAGUGCUUGGAGAUGUGGUCGGAAAUUUAAAUUUUUGGGAUUUGAAAGGCAGAGUAUCCAGAGGAAUACCUACCCACCGAAGUUGGGUGAGGAAGAUUCGUUUUGCCCCUGGCAAAGGAAACCAAAAAUUAAUAGCCAUGUACAGCGAUGGAGCUGAAGUGUGGGACACUAAGGAGGUUCAGAUGGUAAGCAGUUUAAGAAGCGGAAGAAAUGUGACCUUUCGGAUAUUGGACGUGGACUGGUGUACGUCAGAUAAAGUGAUCCUGGCAUCAGAUGACGGGUGCAUCAGAGUCCUGGAGAUGUCUAUGAAGUCCACAUGUUUUCGAAUGGAUGAACAAGAAUUAACCGAGCCUGUGUGGUGCCCAUAUCUCCUUGUUCCAAGGGCCUCUCUGGCCUUGAAAGCCUUUUUACUGCACCAGCCUUGGAAUGGACGAUAUUCUUUGGAUAUUUCUCAUGUUGAUUAUCCAGAAAAUGAAGAAAUAAAGAAUCUCCUUCAAGAGCAGUUGAAUUCAUUGUCUAAUGACAUAAAGAAACUCUUGCUUGAUCCAGAGUUCACUCUCUUGCAGAGGUGCCUGCUUGUGUCAAGAAAAAGUACUAAUUUAAUAGUGUUGGGAAGCACAGCGACUACUAAAGAAGCUACUCCUCGGGACAUACUGAACAACCCGCUGGAUAUAUGUUAUGAUAUACUCUGUGAAAAUGGCUAUUUUCAGAAAUUUCAACUGGAAAGGGUUAAUCUGCAGGAAAUAAAACGGUCAACUUAUGAUCAUACAAGGAAAUGUACAGACCAGCUACUACUCUUGGGUCAAACAGACAGAGCUGUGCAGUUGCUACUGGAAACAAGUGCAGAUAACCAGCAUUAUUACUGUGAUUCACUAAAAGCCUGUUUGGUCACCACUGUCACCUCAUCAGGCCCCUCUCAGAGCACUAUUAAGCUGGUGGCAACUAAUAUGAUUGCCAAUGGCAAGUUGGCAGAGGGCGUUCAGUUGCUCUGCCUGAUAGACAAAGCCGCAGAUGCGUGCCGCUACCUGCAGACAUAUGGCGAGUGGAAUCGGGCAGCAUGGCUUGCAAAAGUCCGUUUAAAUUCUGAAGAGUGCGCUGAUGUUCUAAAGCGGUGGGUUGACCACCUCUGUUCUCCACAAGUCAAUCAGAAGUCAAAAGCCCUCUUGGUCCUUCUCUCUCUGGGCUGCUUUUCCAGCGUGGCGGAGACGCUUCACAGCAUGAGAUACUUCGAUAGAGCAGCCUUAUUUGUGGAAGCUUGUCUCAAGUACAGGGCAUUUGAAGUCAAUGAGGACACAGAGAAACUCAUCACUGCUGUAUAUGCAGAUUAUGCCCGAAGUUUGAAGAACCUCGGUUUUAAACAGGGAGCAGUUCUUUUUGCUUCCAAAGCUGGAGCAGCUGGCAAAGAUUUACUGAAUGAGCUUGAAUCCCCCAAGGAAGAACCAAUUGCAGAGUGACAGGUUAAUCUAUGUGUAAUAUGACAUCACAAGCAGGGUGGGAGGGCAGCUGAUCUGGCAGCGGUCGUGCUCCAGACUGGAGAGGAAGACAGGGUCCUUGUGAGCUGUUUCACCACCUUUCUGAGGUUAUAAGUACACAACAGUAUAUGGGCACUUUUAUUACCAGCAAGUUCUGUAUCCUGUGUUGAUCUCAAAGAAAAAGGUGAACACCUUAGACUUUGAAAGUGUAUAACAUUUUAUACUUUUAGAGAGAGAGCUUUAACAGUCCCUGGAAAUACUUUUAAUUUUUUUAAGCUUAAAAUUUGAAAUACUAAAUUGCUUUUCUCAUUGACUAAAUUUAAAAAUAUUUGUGGAAUCUAUAAUAACAGAAGUUUGUGAGACCUGUUCUCAAAUAUGUGCUGUGCCUGUGUUUAUAUAUAUACAGUCAUUCAAGAUACAAGCAGGGCAGAAAUACUUAAACAUUAAAGAUAGCUUACCAAAGCAUUUUUUGUUUUCUUAACCUUGAAAACACAGAACUAUUGAUUCCUUGGUGUAGGCAGUGGCUAAAUUUUGUAAUGUCAGGCUCUUAGGUUCAUAGGGAGGUUUUAAGCUUUAUGUUUAAUUCUAGAACAUGAGUCUUUGAUAGUCUGAUUUUAACUUCUUCUAUGAUGCAUUACAAUAUCCUUAUUUUUGAAGUCUUUCUUUGUAUUCUAACUUUCUGUC